AUCGUACCAAAGUCACAGGUCGUCUAACAGCCUUUCGUUCACGACGCGUAUUGCCAUAGCCUCUUGCCGCUCAAGCCUUCACGACUACCACCAUGAUGAAAUCUGUCGGUCUUGUUCUUCUUCUCAUCGCAACCUUUGCCUACUCCGGUGUUGAUGGUGCAAAUGCGUGUGCAACGGCCUUCAACAACAAAUUUAUGAACGCAGCUCUGUCUUCUGCCUUCCAAGCAUGCAGGUCGGAUCCAGCGGGACUUGCCGCUAUUACUGCCACCCAAGGUAUUCCUGUGUGCGCGGGCUACAUGGGAGAUGAUGUCGGCGAUAUCAAGUGCCAAGUUGCCUCAGCUCCUUACAUGAAAUGUGUAGCGGGAAAACUUGGUUACUUGAACGCUGAUGGCUCCAUCAACACCACGAAGAUCUUAGCCCAGUACAAGACUUGGGCCACCAGCGACCCCAAGUGCAACGUUGCUCAGUACGACUUCGCUGUGAAUAAAUGUGGCACAACCAUCAACAACUACGCUUUCAUGGCGAAGGCCGCGUGCAUCGCCAAGGCGACGGAACAGUACACUGGGUGACCUGCGCAAUCUGGCCCUCAUACUUUCAUCUGAUUGGCGGCUUUGAAGUGUUCACAACAGCUGCACAAUAAU